AUGGCCGCAUCUCAACAGGCUGCCUUGGCCGCUCAACAAGCUCAAGCAGCUUUCUCUCAGCAGCAAAGCGGGCAAGCAUACGACGCUUCGCAGCAGAGACAGCAGGCUGCUUAUUAUGGUCAAGAUGUGGACGAAGACGAUGCUUAUUUGGAGGAUGGAGACGAGGUUGACUUGAUCCCUGCUGAUUACGGUCAGGCCGAUGACGGGUAUCUUGACGAAGCUGGUCAAGGUGAGUCUAGUGGCCCCUGAUGAUCGGAUAGCCUGUCGGUCGCUCACUUCACGUCGCUACAAUCAAAGCUGCUUUGCUCGAGGCGCAGCAUGAGCAACAAGCUCAGGCGCAAGCUGCCGCUUUGGCCGCAGUGCCUGAUCAGGUUCGCAAAUACAUCGUCCUGUUUCAUCAGGCCAUCGUCAACAACUCCAUACCUGAGAUCAGCUCCGCGUACGAGAGCAACUGGAAUCGACUCACUGAAAAGUAUUUCCAGAAGACUGAGUGGCCAGAGGCUGAAGUUAUUGCUCCCUUGGUUGGCGACGGUGAGUGGAGAUUUUAUCCAUCUAUGGUUUAUGGCAGUGAGCGACCGAAGACUCGUGACUGAAGCGUCUUGCCACUGUCUUGCCCUGUACCCCUAGACCAACGCUUCUUGACGCUGUACAGAGAGCUCUGGUACCGUCAUGUUUACUCGCGUCUGUCUCCAGAUGGAGAAGAUCGCUUUCACUCUUACGACAACUACUGCGAUUUCUUCAACUACGUUCUCAGUGAGUGGUGACAGCGGCUUAGUCUAAUACCAUCCACGUCAAUUUACUCACAUUGACGUCACGCGCGCUGUUCACAGACUCCGAAGGUCCGGUGCCCCUCGAUCUGCCAGCUCAAUGGCUGUGGGACAUUGUGGACGAGUUCAUCUAUCAAUUUCAGAGCUACUCGCAGUGGAGGAAUCGAGUGAACAACAAGACGGAGGACGAGCUGCUUUUGCUGCAAGACGGGGGUGUAUGGAGCAGUUACUCCGUGCUGAACGUGUUGUACUCCCUCAUUCAGAAAAGCCGCAUCACCGAGCAAUUGCAAGCUGUGCAGGCUGGUGAGGAUCCCGAAGAGGCGGCAGGCGAAUUUGGCAACAAGCCUCUGUACAAGAUGCUUGGCUAUUUCAGCAUCAUAGGGCUACUGCGCGUCCACGUGCUGCUAGGUGAUUACACGCUGGCUCUGAAGAUGCUGGACCACCUGGAACUUAAUCGAAAGGGAGGCAGUAUCAUGAACAAGGUGACGGCAUGUCACGUCACCGCGUACUACUACGUUGGGUUUGCGUACCUUAUGCAACACAGGUACCCGGAUGCCAUUCGGGCCUUUACCCACAUCUUGGUCUUUAUCAUGCGACUCCGGCAAUACCACACAAGGAGCUAUCAGUACGAUCAGAUCAACAAGACUGCAGACAGGAUGUAUGCGCUCUUGGCGAUCGCUUGCGCACUCUGCCCAACGCGGCUGGAUGAGAACAUUCAGACUGCCCUGCGCGACAAGUACGGCGAUCAGCUCAACAAGAUGAGCAGAGGGUGAGUCAGAAGCACGCGUUGAGAAUAUUGGUGCGCGCGUGACUGACAGAGCCAUGACCAUAUGUGGCAGGGAGGAGGGUCUGGCAGCAUUCGAAGAGCUUUUCUUGUACGCGUGCCCAAAGUUCAUCACGAGCAAUGCCCCACCGUACCACGAUGGAGAUGCUUUAGCGGACUACCAAAAAUCCCCGAUGCCAGACCCGGCUCAACAUCAGGUCAAGGUCUUCCUCGCAGACGUAAAGACGCAGCUGUCUAAUGGCAACAUUCGCUCCUUCUUGCGCCUGUACACCAGUCUGGGCACCGACAAGUUGGCAAACUUUCUCGAGGUGGACGAGGAAGAGCUUAUUGAGGAGCUCAUGGUCGCCAAGGCUUCUAGCAGGAGCUUGAAGUGGUCCGAGGGUGGACUUCUGGAGGGUGAAGUCGUCAACACUAGCGAUUUGGACUUUGUCAUCGAUGGCGUGAGUGCGGCUGCAUGUCCCUACUUUUGGACAGCUAGAGCUCUUCAGUUCAGCAGUGGCUCACCGCGAUGCGCCUCUCUCAAUCACACAGAACAUGGUGCACAUCGCAGAAUCCCGUGUUGGUCGCAGAUUUGGCGAGUGGUUCAUGAGACAAGGAAUCCGGAUGAACCAGACUUUGCACCACAUCAAGUCCAAGCCUUUGCCCAUUCCCGACGACGCCAAUGCCGCUGCUCAGGUUGCUGCAGCCACAGCUACAGGCAGCAAGACGGGCGAUCGGAGGCCGGGCGCAUAUGGUGGUGCGUUUGGAGGUGGAAGAGGAGGGCACGCUGCGAAGAGGGGAGGCGCCAGAGCGGGUGGAGCUUCGACUGGUGGUCCGGCUUGGGGAGGUGCUGGAAUUAGGACUGCUGCUGCAACCACGACCGGCUAG